AAAGGAAAACAUUUCAAAAUUUUAGGAACCUAUUUUUAGCGUAUAUUAUUCCCACGUUUUAGAUUAAGUUACUUUCUAUAUUUUUAGUUUAGUUUUACCUCUUGAAGUGCCAGCAUUUUGGACAGUAUGGGCCGCAAAUCUCAAUCAAAACAAAAUCCUAAGAAGAAUGCAGGGAAGGAAAACAAUAAGUUCAUUCAACAAAAACGCAAAGAAUUAGCAGUUCUUGUGGAUAAAGUGUUGAGAUUGACGAGAGUAUUCCAGGCUUCGACAAAUGUGAUAAAAAGUUGGGAGCAUCAUUUAGAAAUUGAUGUUCUCAUUAAAGAAAUAUUGAAUCUAGAGGGUCCUAAGCCUAAAAGUGGCCAGGGCAGGCAUGCAAACAUCGAUAAGUUUAACAAGUGGCUAAGUGAGAAUGAGGUGCAACUUGACGGUAUUGAAUUAGCAGAGUUUGAAGGAUAUGAGUUUGGUUUGAAAGCAACAAAGGAAUUCAAGGAGGGAUCACUUCUUCUGACUGUGCCGUCAAAGCUAAUGAUGACAGAGAAGAAUGCUAAAGAGUCCGAGCUAGGAAGCUUCAUAGAAAUUGAUCCGUUGUUGCAAAACAUGCCAAAUAUAACACUCGCCCUGUUCCUGCUACUAGAAAAGAAUGAUCCGAAAUCUUUUUGGAAGCCAUAUAUCGAUAUAUUGCCUGAUAAAUAUCCUACAAUUCUAUAUUUCACUUUAGAAGAGCUAGCGGAACUCAAGCCGUCACCAGUGUUUGAUUCAGCGUUGAAACUCUAUAGAAGCAUUGCAAGGCAGUAUGCAUACUUUUACAACAUUAUCCACUUAAUGGACUUACCAGUGUUAAAAAAACUCCAAGAAGUAUUUACUUUCGACAGCUACAGAUGGGCAGUCUCCACAGUGAUGACCAGACAGAACAACAUUCAGCUUGCUGAUGCUGACGUCACAGCCUUCAUACCGCUCUGGGAUAUGUGCAACCAUGAACAUGGAAAGAUUACAACAGACUAUAACAAGGAAUUGGGGCGCGGAGAAUGCUUCGCCCUACGAGAUUUUAAAGCUGGUGAACAAAUCUUCAUAUUCUAUGGAUCAAGACCGAAUGCCGACUUGUUCCUACACAAUGGAUUAGUAUACCCAGAAAACGAGCACGAUAGUUUGUCUAUAUCGCUCGGCGUGAGUUCGAGCGACCCGCUCCGUGAAACGAAGCUCGCACUACUGACCAAAUUGGGUCUCGCGGGCGUCACACACUUUAACUUGUAUCGAGGACCUAACCCAAUCAGCGCAGAGCUGUUAGCUUUCAUACGCAUAUUUAACAUGAAUCAAGAGGAAUUAACGAAAUGGUCUGGUCAAGGAUUGCCAGGGGAUUUAGUGUCCUCUGACCCGUCCAGUGCUGAAGCAGUGGGUGCCGACAUCGACCGACGCGCUUACACGUACCUGCUGACACGAUGCAAGCUCAUCGUGGCCUCCUACAAGGAGACUAGAGGCGGCGAUGAUAUUUCGCUGCAUAGGAAAAAUGUAAAGCUGUUAAAGAAAUGCGAAGUACAAAUGUUAGAGGGUGCCAUGAAGUAUCUGGAAGAGACUAUAAGCAAAUUACCCACCGCUGCCGCUGAGGAGAAAUCAAAUAAUUAAUUGUUGACAAUAUCCCAUAUCAUAUGAAUCUUCCAGCACAUAUAUACUUGACACAUACCUAUGUCACAAAAAUCUAGUACUAUAAUUCAGUACUUUCGCUUUAAAGUAUCUAUCGCAAAUAUUUGCUAUUUAAAGUUUACGUAUUGAAAAAAGCAGAAAUUAAAAUCGCAUUAUUUCGGUCGCAUUUGACGAUCAUUGCGUGCCUGUACAAUAGUAUGGACACACCUUUAUAAAGAUGCUGUAAAUAUCUCUUUUUAACAUUUUGUUUUAAACUUGAUUUUACUAUUAUAUUUAUUGUUUUUUUUUUCUAUCCAGCUCAAAACGAGAUCAACUAGAUUAUGUAAAUCCUACUAUUUUUCUUAAAAAAUAUAAAUAUUUUGACUAAAAUUCAUUGAAUUUUAUAAGUAUAAGUGCGAUAAAAAAAUCAUGACAGUAUUUGUAUAUUUACGGCUACAAAUAAACGUAGACAUGCAAAAAUGUAACAUAAGUCACAUAUAUGUUUCCUUACUAGAUAUCAAAAUACGAAAUUCGGAAGGGUAUGCUGCCACGGCUUUACAAUAAACUGACGUAAAACAACGCGUUUACUGACGUUACCCCCGGAUACGAAAGGGGACUCAUAAAACAUGAUACUUUUAGUUAUUUUUAAUAUAUUUUUUUAAUAUUUUAGAAAUUGUUUCUACUUGCUUAUCCAUACAUAGUUAUGCUUAGGAUUAAAACGUUAGGACUCAUUCUGCAAUGGGACAUUUUUGCAUAACUACGUUCAAGUACCUUCGACAUUUUUUAUAUAUUAGAUUUAUUUACUUAAAUAAUUUAGUUACAACGAAUUUCAAUCACUGGGAUUUUUUGUUAUAUUGUUUGUGUGUUUAUCAUUGUUUUUUAGUUGUAAUGUACUUACUUUUUG